UCCUGCGGCGGGGCACGCCGGGAGCUCGGCGGGCUGCUGCUAUGGCGGCGGGGCCGUGGCCGCCGCUCCUCCUCCUCCUCCUCCUGGCGCUGCUGGUGCCGCUGGCGGCCGCCGUCUACGAGGACCAAGUGGGGAAAUUCGACUGGAGGCAGCAGUACGUGGGGAAGCUGAAGUUCGCCUCCCUGGAGGCCGCGCAGGGCUCCAAGAAGCUCCUGGCAGCCACCCAGCAGAACGUCGUGGCCGCGCUCAGCUCCAGGAACGGCGAAAUCCUGUGGCGCCACGUAGACAAAGGAACCCCCGAAGGAGCGAUAGACGCGAUGCUGAUCCACGGGCAGGAUGCAAUCACUGUGUCCAAUGCUGGGCGCAUUCUGCGUUCGUGGGAGACCAACAUUGGAGGGUUGAACUGGGAGACGUCACUGGACACUGGCAGUUUCCAGACAGCUAGUUUGGUGGGGUUACAGGACACGGUGAAGUACGUGGCAGUCCUGAAGAAGGCAGCUAUCUCCCUUCACUACCUGUCCAAUGGGCACCUGAAAUGGGUAGAACACUUGCCAGAAAGUGAGAGUACUCGGUACCAGCUGUUAUAUUCCCAUGGGACAGGAGUGAUCCAUGUGCUUGGAAUCGUUCCCCAGAGCCACUUGAAUAUUUUAACGUUCAGUGUAGAAGAUGGAGAAAUCACAGAACAGGCCAGAGUAGCAGCCCCGUGGCUGAAGAGCUUAAACGCAGCAUGCGGCGUGGUGGGGGAGGCAGUGCUGGUGUGCACAGACGUGGAUACGCAUUCUCUUUACGUUUGCUCCUUGGAGACAGAGCAGGAGAUGAAGCAGAUCCCGCUGCAGUCACUUGACCUGGAGUUUGCUGAUGGCUUCCAGCCCAGGGUAUUGGCUACUCAACCCAAUCUAAUCAAUGCUUCACGGACUCAGUUCUUCUUGCAGUUGUCUCCUACCCACUUCUCUCUGCUGCAGUACAAACAUGGGCUGCUCAGCCACCUUCGAGACUUCCAACAGGCAGCUCUGGUGAGCUUUGCAACAACUGGAGAGAAGACUGUGGCUGCUGUGCUGACCUGCAGGAGUGAACUGAAACCUGGAAAUUCUGAUGACCUUCAUGCAGGAAAUACUCUGGAGGAUUCCCAGAAACAGGAAUCCUUAACCUGUUCCAAUCAAACCUACAAUAUUAAUCUCUACCUGGUUGAAACUGGACAAAGAUUGUUGGAUACCACAAUUACCUUUAAUCUGGAGCAUAACGGUGCCAAACCAGAGCAGCUAUAUAUCCAAGUUUUCCUGAAGAAGGAUGACUCUGUGGGCUAUCGAGCAUUGGUGCAAACAGAAGACCACAUGCUAAUGUUCCUUCAGCAGCCAGGAAAAGUUUUAUGGAGUAGAGAGGAGUCACUGGCAGAAGUGGUGAGCUUGGAGAUGGUGGAUCUACCUCUCACAGGUGCACAGGCUGAGUUGGAGGGAGAGUUUGGAAAGAAAGCAGCCAUUCAAGAUGGUUUGCUGGGGAUGUUUCUGAAGCGGUUGUCCUCCCAGCUUAUCCUUCUGCAAGCCUGGACUGCCCAUCUUUGGAAAAUGUUUUACGAUGCCAGGAAACCCCGGAGUCAGAUUAAAAAUGAGAUUAACAUCGACAAUUUAGCCAGAGAUGAGUUCAACCUCCAGAAAAUGAUGGUGAUGGUCACCGCUUCGGGAAAGCUUUUUGGGAUUGAAAGCAGUUCUGGCACCAUCUUGUGGAAGCAGUACCUCAGGAAUGUGAGACCGGGUGCCUCUUUUAAGCUGAUGGUUCAAAGAACAACAGCCCAUUUCCCCCACCCUCCGCAAUGCACCUUGCUUGUUAAGGACAAGGAAACCAAAAUGAGCUUUCUGUAUGUCUUUAACCCUAUCUUUGGGAAGAGAAGUCAAGUAGCACCCCCUGUUUUGAAGCGUCAGAUUCUUCAGACUUUGCUUCUGCCUAUUAUGGAUCAAGACUAUGCUAAAGUACUGCUUCUGAUCGAUGAUGAGUACAAGGUUACAGCUUUCCCAGCAACUAAGAAUGUUCUUCGUCAGUUAGAAGAAAUAGCCCAUUCUAUCUUCUUUUAUCUCGUGGAUGCUGAGCAGGGCAAGCUGUCUGGGUUCAGGCUGAAAAAGGACCUUACAACGGAGGAGAUCUGGGAGGUGUUCAUACCCACUGAAGUACAAAAGAUAGUAACAGUGAAAGGGAAGAGAUCCAAUGAGCAUGUGCACUCACAAGGCCGUGUGAUGGGAGAUCGCAGUGUUCUCUAUAAGUCCUUGAAUCCAAACCUGCUUGCUGUGGUGACGGAGAGCACGGAUACACAUCAUGAGCGCACUUUCAUUGGAAUAUAUCUGAUUGAUGGAGUCACAGGCAGAAUCAUCCACUCUUCGGUACAGAAGAAAGCAAAGGGGCCUGUCCACAUCGUCCAUUCGGAGAACUGGGUGGUGUAUCAGUACUGGAACACAAAAGCACGUCGGAAUGAGUUCACUGUGCUGGAGCUGUAUGAGGGGACAGAGCAAUACAAUGCCACAGCCUUCAGCUCCCUGGACCGCCCGCUUUUACCUCAGGUCCUCCAGCAAUCUUAUAUCUUCCCCUCUGCUAUCAGUGCCAUGGAAGCCACCAUCACUGAGCGAGGCAUCACCAGCCGUCACUUGCUCAUUGGGCUUCCCUCUGGGGCUAUCCUCUCUCUUCCAAAGGCUCUGCUGGAUCCUCGUCGCCCAGAGAUCCCUACAGAGCAGACCAGAGAAGAGAACUUGAUUCCAUACUCCCCUGAUGUGCAGAUCCAUGCUGAGAGGUUUAUCAACUACAAUCAAACUGUAUCCCAAAUAAGAGGGAUUUAUACAGCCCCCUCUGGUCUAGAGUCUACCUGUUUGGUUGUUGCGUAUGGCCUGGACAUCUACCAGACCCGAGUGUACCCGUCAAAGCAGUUUGAUGUCCUGAAAGACGACUACGACUACGUGCUGAUAAGCAGUGUCCUCUUUGGGCUGGUUUUUGCUACUAUGAUCACAAAGAGACUAGCUCAGGUGAAACUGUUGAACCGUGCCUGGCGCUAAGGCUGUGGGUGAUGAGAAGGAGGCUGGAGAAGGUACCUGGAAUCUGGGCUGGCUCAUGAUCUGUGACCCAGCAUCGCCCCUGGGUUCAGUUAGAGAUUCCAUCCUGAGCGACCAUGACGAACGUAACUGUUAAUCUUGCGUUUUUGCUGGAAGAUAUGUACAAGGAAAAGCUGCUUGUACAACAAAACGGUAUGCUUCCUGAGGAGAAAUGGAAGAGAGAUGGUGAAGAGACAGAAAUCUGUUGUGACUGUAUAAAAAAAAAACAAAAACACUCCCAAACCUCCCUGCAGUCUCUGUUAAAGCCCUAAAAUCUGCACUCCCCUUAUAUCCCUGUUUUCAGUGAAGAUAAUACUAAAGGCGUGUGUUCUGUG